UUCCGUUUUCCAAUCAUUCGAGUCGUAAGAUGGCGGACCGGCGGCGAAGGAGGAGGCGCGUGUCCCAGGACAGCGAGGACGACGACGAGUCCGGUUCGGGCUCGGACAGCGGGAGGUCGGGCUCCCCGGCGACGAAGAGCCGAGGGAGAGAGCCCGACCCGGUGGAAGCUGUAGCGGGCCGGGUGGAGGCGAAAAAAGACGUGGAGUCCGAGUGUGAGAGUGAGGAUGGAGUAGGAGAAGCGGUCCUCUCUGACUACGACAGUGCAGAUCCGGAGGAAAACGGCUCCCACUCGGAGGGAGUGGAGGAGGAAGAGGAGGCAGAGCAGUACAGCGAUGAAGAGGCUCCGGCAGCAGCCAGCGAGCCUAAACCCUCUGCCGCUGAGGUCCCAACGCAGGGGGAGGAAGAGAGGCAUGAGGAGGCAGAGGAGGAGGAGGAGGAGGCAGAGGGGGAGGGAGGAGGAGGAGGCGGUAAAGAGGAGAGCAAGGUGGAGGAGAAAGGAAACCUAGCCGGAGAGAGACAGAGCGGUGACGGACAGGAGUCCACAGAUGAUCCCGAGACGAAGGCGGGAGGAAAACCCGGCCAGAAGCUCGACGACGACGAGGACAGAAAGAACCCGGCCUACAUCCCCAGGAAGGGUCUGUUCUUCGAGCACGACGUCAGAGGACACACGCAGGAGGAGGAGAGACCUAAAGGUCGAAACAGGAAGCUGUGGAAGGACGAGGGUCGCUGGGAGCACGACAGGUUCAGGGAGGAGGAGCAGGCGCCGAAGAGCCGCGAGGAGCUCAUCGCCAUCUACGGUUACGACAUCCGCAACGGCGGUGGCUCCGGAGAGCGACCGUACAGGCAGCGCAGGCCCCGACAGAGUGUGUCUCCCAGCAGAGACAAACGCUGGCGAGAAGGAGGAGGAGAGCGAGCGGUUCGCUCCUGGCAGAACAGCGGAGGAGGUCCGAACCGAGGAGGAGCUCCGCCUUCAUCCAUCCAUCCCUCCUCUUCCUCCCCUUCCUCUCUCCCUCUCUCCUCCGCUCAGCGUAGCAGCAACUCUUCCAGACCGCCUCCCUCCCGCAGCAGACCAUCCCACCAGAAUCAAAUGCACCUCCCGCCUCAGUCCCAGUACAGGAAUAACGAAUCGAACGCACCCCAGAUGCAUCCCAGAGACCGACAGGGCUCCAAAGCUCAGUCGGAGCCCGCAGGAGACAGAGGCGUGGUCAGCAGAGGAGGGCGUGGCGGCGGGGGGAGGGGAGGUCCCUCCGUGGUCAUCGAGGACAUUACGGUCAGCCAAGGUGGCGUUGGGGACGAGGAUCGGGGCUUAAGUGCUGUAACGGCGUCGUCAACGUCACAUACGAGUAGUUAUCAGUCUGCGUUGCCGAGACGACAGCAGCAGGAGCAACGAGGGAGCGCCGACAGAUCUGCAUCUGGAUUGGCCGCCUCCACCUCUGACCCCGCCCUACAGUCGUCGUCAGCAGCAGCAGCAGCGACCAAUCGGGAAGCUUCUCCUCCCACCGAGCGGCCAGUGGAGCGUAAAUCAUACUCGCUGGCUCGCAGGACUCGCUCUCGGCCCGCGGACCUGGGCAGCAAACAGCCGUCCAUGGAGGAGUCUGCAGCCGGAGGGAACGCCUCCUCCCCCGGCAGUGGGGGAGGGAAAAGCUGGACGGGAGGAGGCAACGGGCCGAGCCAGGCGGGAGGAGGAGGAGGAGGAGGAGGCGAGCUCGACCAGGACGUGGCUCGGCUCAGUCUGGCCGGACAGAACUGGAGCCAGAGCCCGACCUCGUACAUCCGCUCCGAGAUGAGAGGCCUCCCGAACCCCAUGCACAUCCCCGGCGGCCCGCCUCAGUUCUCCAGCAUGGAGGAGAUGGGCGUCGGCUCCAACCGGGCCAAACGUUACUCUUCGCAACGUCAGAGAGCCGUACCCGAGCCGGCGCCGCCCAUGCACCUGGGAGUGAUGGAGGGACACUACUACGAGCCCAUGUCGUAUCAGGGACCAAUCUACGCCCACGGGGAUGGCCCCGCCCCCAUCCCGCCGCAGGGCAUGCUGGUCCAGCCGGAGAUGCACAUCCCUCACCCUGGCCUCCAUCCCCACCAAUCAGGCGGCCCGAUCGCCAACCCCGCCAUCUAUGGAGGCCCGCCGGUGUCUCUGUCGCCAGGGCAACCGCAGCAACUGCUGCCUCCGCCUUUCUACCCUCCGCCAGGGGUCAUGACCUUCCCUUACCCAGCCAUGUACCCAACCCCGCAGGGUCAGGCCCAGGUGACGUACGGAGGCGUGACCUACUACGACACGAUGCAGCAGCAGGCUCAGCCCAAGCCGUCGCCCCCCCGCCGCACAUCCCAGCCCGUCACCGUCAAGCCCCCCCCUCCGGAGGUGCCCUUCGCCUCAGAGUGACCCCUCACCCCUCCCAGCCACCCAGUCCCAGCCACUCUCCGGGUCCAAGACUACAGGAGCGGGGUGGGAGGGUCGGUGAGGAGCUGCGGUCCCCAACAGCAACCACCAACGUCAACGAGGGAGGGAAGGACGAGCGGACGGAGGGGAG